AUGGCGGACGAGUGGCCUACUAUAGCGAGUGAUUAUCAGAUCAUUGAGCAGAUUGGUCAGGGUGCAUUUGCUAAAGUAUGGAAGGCGUACUGCGCGCCAAAGAAGAUCCACGUGGCCAUCAAAAUUAUGGACCUUGAAAAGAUCACGACCAGCUUUGAGGAUAUUCGGGCCGAAGUACAAACGAUGAAGAUGACCAAUCAUUCAAAUGUGCUUAAGUGUUACUGCAGCUUUGUCCACAAGGAUCAGCUUUGGCUAGUGACGCAACUCAUGAACAAAGGCUCAUGUUUGCACGUCAUGAAUCUGCUGAAAAAGAAGGGUUUGGGUGAAGGGCUCAAGGAGGAAUUCGUGGCUGUAAUAUUACACGAAACGCUCAAAGGGCUGCUAUACUUUCACGAAAAUGGCCAGAUCCAUCGGGACAUCAAAGCGGGCAACAUCCUGCUCGACAGUGAGGGCCACGUCGUAAUUGCCGACUUUGGCGUCUCUGGCUGGAUGAUGGAAGGUGGGGACCGUCGGAAAAAUCGACAGACUUUUGUCGGAACUCCUUGUUGGAUGGCCCCCGAGGUCAUGGAGCAGGUGCGCGGCUACGAUUACAAGGCCGACAUUUGGUCCCUAGGUAUCACUGCGCUGGAGCUUGCUAAGGGAUACGCACCUUAUGCACGUUUUCAGCCUAUGAAGGUGCUGCUGCUUACCCUUCAGGAGGACCCACCAUCUUUGCGCACGUAUGAUGAUGAUGGCUGCGGUCAUCCUUUUGGUCGUCACUUUAGAGAUGUUGUGAAGCUUUGCUUGCAGAAAGACCCGUCGAAGCGUCCCGGCACCUCGGCUUUGCUGAAGCAUAGUUUUUUUAAAAAAGCUGGUGAUACUACCUAUUUGGCGCGGAACUUGUUAAACAACAUUGAAGACAUUGGUGAGAGUUGUAUGACGGCCGGUAUAGCAGAUGCACUACCUGGCGCAGGGCCGCUUUACGCGAAAGGAAUAAAGGGCCCUCCUGGCUCUGAAGCUGAGGGCUCGAAGUAUGUUCCGGGCACGACUUGGGUAUUCGAUGACGAGGAAGACGACUCGAGCAAAAUGUCGAUUGACGACUUCGCCAGCCAAUUCGACAUGGUCACAGGUGGCGAAGAAUUUCGCUCCAAGUAG